AUGUCAUCCUGGGAACCCCCUCGCAACUACCGCAGCCGCACUGUUGCCAUUCUUGGCGCAGGUGUACUUGGCCGCCGAGUAGGAUGCAUUUGGGCUUCAGCCGGCUUCGAUGUUAAGAUUCGCGACCCCAGCGAGCAACAGCGAGCCGACGGAAUCGCCUACAUUAAGGAAAAUGUUGAAUCAUACGCCACCAAAACCAAGAAAGUCCCCGGAUCAUACGAAGCCGUCGAAGACAUGAAGUCAGCCGUUGAGAAUGCCUGGCUUGUCAUUGAGGCUGUUCCUGAGAAGCUCGCACUCAAGAUCGCCACUUUCGCCGAAUUGGAGGCCCUCACUCCCGCCGACUGCAUCCUAGCUUCCAACUCAUCUUCAUACAAGACUUCCGAGAUGAUCGGUCAGAUCUCGGAUGCCACCAAGACCCGCGUUCUUAACAUGCACUAUUAUAUGCCGCCGGCGUGUAUGAUUGUGGAGCUUAUGACCAAUGGACACACUACCCCAGAGAUCUUCCCUUUCAUGGUUCAGCAAUGCAAGGAAGCUGCCACAAACCCAUAUGUCGCAAGAAAGGAGUCCACUGGAUUCAUCUUCAACCGCUUGUGGGCUGCCGUGAAGCGCGAGGUCUUGACUAUCUUGGCUGAGGGUGUUUCGGUUCCCGAGGAGAUUGAUGCUAUGUGGGGUGAAUUGUUUGUCAAGGCAGGCACUCUGCCCUGCCGGACAAUGGACAAUGUUGGCCUAGACACCGUUGCCUUCAUUGAGGGUCACUACGUGGAUGAACGUGGACUUUCUCCCGAGAAGACUGUCGACUUCUUGAAGGCCAAUUACCUGGAUCACGGAAAGCUGGGAACAAAGUGCUCCAAGGGUGGCCUGUACCCUGCUAGCAGCCCAGCUCCUACCAGUGCCGAUUCAAAGAAGCCCGAAAUCUUGGUGUUGGACCUUGGACUGUCAGCCGCCGCACCCAGCAUGACAUCAGGAGAGAUCCUCCGGGUUUCCGCAGAUGGCCAGAAGCAGACAUCAAUCCUCAAAGGUCAAUCCCUGCCUGAUGGACUCGCUGUAGACUCAGCCUCUGGCCGCAUGUUCUGGACUUGCAUGGGUGUUCCCGGAAAGCCCGACGGUGCCGUUUACUCCGCCAACGUGGAUGGAACCGACAUCAAGACACUUGUUGCCCCAGGAACCAUCGAUACACCAAAGCAGCUGGUCAUUGAUUCCGAGGCACAGACCGUCUACUUCUGUGACCGUGAAGGAUGCCGAGUCUACCGUUGUGCCUUCGACGGCUCCAACCUGGAGGUUUUGAUUGAUAACACUGGCCGUGAUAUGACCCCCGAGCAGCGUAUCUCCGCCUGGUGCGUGGGAGUUGCUGUGAACCCCAGCCAGGGUAAAUUCUAUUGGACCCAGAAGGGAGCCUCCAAGGGUGGCGAAGGCCGCAUCUUCUGCGCCAAUAUCACAACCCCUGAGGGUCAGUCAGCAACUACUCGUAGCGACGUCCAGUGUGUUAUCGCUGAUCUUCCCGAGCCAAUUGAUCUUGAGGUACACGAAGCCUCUAACACACUUUACUGGACCGAUCGUGGUGAAAUCCCGUGGGGCAACUCGCUGAACAGAGCCAAGUUGGGUGAAGAUGGUCUCCUGCUACCAGCCAAUUCCCCUCGGGGGUACGAGAUCCUCACCAGGGGUCUGAACGAGGCAAUUGGUCUCAAGUUGGAUUCAGUCAAUUCUCAUGCCUAUCUCACUGAUCUCGGCGGAUCUAUCUACCGCUGCGACCUGGAUGGCAAGAACAAGGAGAAGCUCCACUCCGAUGAGCACCGGGCCUUUACUGGAAUUACUAUCCUGUAG